CUAGGUCUGUGCAUCUAUUGGUUCAUUCUAGAUCUAUCUAGUUAGUUAGAGUCUGUUAGACAGACUAGAGGUCUAGACUAUUUUAUUUUCACACACAGCACCUGGCAUAUGAUACUUUGAUAGAUUUCGCAUCUAUCUAUAACAAUUAUAAACCAAAAGACCCAGCCUUAACUUAGCCUUACCAUUACCAUGUCAACAGCUGGUAAAGUAAUCUCAUGCAAAGCUGCUGUAGCCUGGGAGGCCAAAAAGCCUCUUACAAUAGAAACAGUUGAAGUUGAGCCACCCAAAGCUGGUGAGGUUAGAAUAAGGAUCUUAGCUACUGGUGUCUGCCACACGGAUGCUUACACGUUAGAAGGUCAUGACCCAGAAGGCAUUUUUCCAGUAGUGCUUGGCCAUGAAGGAGGGGGUAUAGUUGAAAGUAUUGGUGAAGGAGUCACCACAGUUGCACCAGGGGAUCAUGUGAUUCCACUCUACAUUCCUCAGUGCUAUGACUGUAAAUUCUGCAAGAGUCCUAAAACAAAUCUCUGCCAGAAAAUAAGAGUAACCCAAGGACAAGGUGUAAUGCCUGAUGGAACUAGUAGAUUCACUUGCAAUGGGAAACAACUCUUUCAUUUUAUGGGCUGUUCAACAUUCUCAGAAUACACUGUGUGUGCAGAGAUAUCCAUAGCCAAGGUGGCUCCUGAAGCACCACUAGAAAAAGUUUGCCUUCUGGGUUGUGGCAUUUCAACUGGCUAUGGAGCUGCUAUUAAUACUGCAAAGGUUACACCAGGCUCUAUUUGUGGUGUUUGGGGUCUUGGUGCUGUUGGUCUGGCUGUCAUCAUGGGCUGUAAGAAAGCUGGAGCCUCCAAAAUAUUUGGUAUUGAUAUCAAUCCAGCCAAGUUUGAAACUGCUUCCAAGUUUGGUGCUACUGAUUUCAUCAAUCCUAAUGACUAUCCUGAUAAGACAAUCCAAGAUGUUGUUCUAUCCAAGACUGAUGGUGGCUUUGAUUUCACCUUUGAGUGUAUUGGCAAUGUUCACACCAUGAGAGCUGCACUGGAGUGCUGUCACAAGGGAUGGGGAGAGUCAACUAUUAUUGGAGUUGCUGGAGCUGGUCAAGAGAUCAGUACAAGGCCAUUUCAGCUGGUGACUGGACGUGUGUGGAGAGGAUCUGCUUUUGGUGGCUGGAAGAGUCGUGACUCAGUUCCUAAACUUGUUGAGGAAUACCUGAAGAAAGAGAUCAAAGUGGAUGAGUUUGUGAGUUUCACAUUGCCACUGGACAGUAUUAAUGAUGCAUUUCACUACAUGCACACUGGACAAAGCAUUCGCACAGUAAUUUUACAUGGUGACUAACUCCAUGGAGCCUGAUAUUGCAAAACAUUUAUGUAAAUGACCAAACACUAGCUUCAUUGAUAACAUUUGAUGUGAAGAGAAACUUUCUACAAUGUUGCUUCUCAGGAGAAUGUCAGGCCAGGAUAUGUUUCUUAAACAUUUUUUUUUUAAAUAUUUUAAGUAAUGCAUUGACUUUGUAUCAGAACCUUGAGUGACAUCUACAUUUGUACUUACUAUUUGACUUUAUUGUGACUAACUGAAGGUUGCUUGUAAUUUUUGUUUUUAAAUCACUUUUUGUUAUUAGCAUUUGUAUGUACUAAGAGAUUUCUAAAAGGGCAUUUCUAUUAUAUUUUUGUUUCUUUUCAUUUGAUGUAAUGAUGUUAAGUUCUUUCCUUGUCUUAGGGGAUUUUCAUAAUUAAGUUAAUCAUAGUAAUCUGAUAUUAGUUUACAUUUUUUACGUUUACAGUAAGAGUAAAAAAAGAAGAGAAAGAGAUAUGAAGAAAUGCUGAGAAUGAAAUGAGAACUUCGUGAAAGAGGAAUAUUGGGAGAAAUGUUAAAAUAAAGAGACAAAAAAGUUUUCUGUAGUCAACUAAAUAUCAUCAUUUUUAUUUUGCUACAAGCAGAUGAGCUCAGAAAUUAGAUUCUGCAGUGUUAUAAAAGUGCCACACAAAUUCUUUAAUUAAACAAAAAUACAUAACUUAUCAAUACUUCCAUAUUCUAUACACAAGCCUACACCAACAAGCAAGCUGUUUAUAGAUUGACUCCUUUUAUGAAAAUCGCCAUAGUUUAAUCAGAGUUUUUGUAUCUUGAAUCAUGUCAAAGGAUUGAAACUUGUUAUUGUUAUAAUAAAUACAUUAAUCAGCUGUGAA